GGACGGGGUAGUGGGUUACACUCUGCAUGCUGAUGUGGUAUUGAAAUGCCCCUAAAUUAUCACGACUUUCUCAUGUUUAUACCGUCCAUAAAGAUGCGAUGUGGUCUAAGAACAUGAAAUUUGCUCAAUGACCUGAUUUUAGAGAAAAUGACCACUAAAGUGGUUUAUUUCACUGUGGGAGGAAAGCCCGAACAGGCGGAAUUCGCGACCGAUUUCCCCGUGGAUGAAAUCAAAGGUAGAAUUUCAAAGUGUUUACAUGUCCAGCUUGAUUGCCCUCUUUUGUCGGAUUAUUAUCAAGACCCUUGUGUUCUUAGGGUUAUUUUGUUACGAACAUCUCUACUUUCUAGGUUUCGUUUCAUUCAUUGAGACUAUUUUAACCACCUUUUUACCUUCGACUGAUAUUGAAAGCAGAAUUUUUAUGGACGAAUUUAUCUCCUUGUUCAGUUGACAGAUCUCUAUUUACCCGUGGCAACCUUAUCACGAACGCGCCAGUGCGUUCUCGGUUUUGCUUUUUUAUUGCUCGCUUUGUUUUUCCGCUUAUGUUUUGGAUUUUUCAUUGUAUUUUUCAGACUUGUUUCGUUGUGCAGCGGAAGCUGGCCCGUAUGAUAUUCUGAAACUCUACAACACGAAAGGAAAUAUAGUAAAUAUCUCGCCUUCCCUUCAAGAAAACACACCAGAUUCGCGCUAUCGCCUGGAAGUUGUCGCAGCGAAUUGUGCAAGCUGCGGGUUUUGCGGUAAUAUUUUUUCCUUCAAGCUGUUUUAAUUGUUAUGGCUUAAGAAAUGAGUAGGCUGUCGGUUGUUAUGACGCAAAUCUUAAAUAGCAAAUUUGUAUUUCUCGCGGCUAUUAGUGACAGAACCCUGCUGCUUUUCAGCGAGCAUGCUAUUACGUGGUAUCUUGUAUUUUAUUUGACAAUCUGCCCAACAAAUACACGAUGCAUUUAAGUUUAUGUGGCGUUUAGUAGUUCCAAUUAAAAAAUGUCUUUCGGGAAUAUUUUUCGCUCUCUGCAUAGCGCACGCCAUCUAAAUUUUGUAAAUAUUGAGUUACAUUUUUGACUCUUGGUUUUUUCACCGAAACAGCUAGUAUGAAGUUUAUGCAACGCAGUGGAGCUAAAUUCGCCUCAUAUACUGUCGCAACGCUAAUCAAUUUUCUUUGUUGAUCGAUAAGCACAAAUUCAUCGAAAAUGACAAAGAAGACGGAUUGAGCGUAUCGUAUCAAUUUGAUCUGACCUGGCACGCUCGAUCGGAACCAGACAAGGUAAUAUUGCACUUCAAGCGAACUUGGCAUGCAACGAAAUUGGCUUAAGUCAACAUUUAUUUUGACAAAUCUUUCACCGUAACAAUUCGAGUUCUGUUUCAGGCCUUUUAUCUCUCUAGUAGUUUUCAAACACCUGGAAGAGCAAUUUAUUUUUUGAGACGUAAAUAAAGACGAAAGCCUUAAAAUUGUCUUAAUGUUAAGAGCGAAAAUAUCUUCUUUUUUUUUUUUUUUUUCGUCGGUAACUUUUACCUUAUUAAUUAUUUCUGACGUUCGGAAAUACAAUUGUCCCUGACAGGUAUGUGUGAACAUUUAAUUUUCUUUUUUUCAAUACGCUCGACAGCUAAAAGCGAUUACUUGAUAGAGAUCUAAAAUUAAAACACAUGGAGAGGCAUUAUUCAAGCUAUCAUCGAAUGGUUGUGGAAUUUGCAUAUUACUUAAAACAUGUCUGAUUGCCUAAAAGCUUGUAGUUGUAUAAUGCACAGCUAAUUGAUUAGAUUAGGUUUGGCAUAUUGUCCUAAGCUGUGUUGUCUUGGUAACAAUUAGAGAAAAUUGCACGAACUGCCAAUUUUAAAACAAAAAAUUCUAAUAAAUACUGCAGUUGACUGUUUACCAUAUGUCAGCAAGGUAGUAUUUAAGAAUGCAUUGUUGAUGCCAUCUCCAAUUCACAGAAUUUAUGAAGAAAAUUUAUACUUACAUGUCUAAAUUACUUUUGGCAACUUUGUUGGUGAUUUUGAACAUGAAGUACUAAUUACAAAAUUUUAUCCCCACAAUGGUUAGGCAUUUUGUUUAUUGUUUACUGUAGUAAGAAUGGAAUGUCUUUGGUAACCAUAUAGGCUCUUAAAAGGUCAACAAUCACUUGGUGAAGUCAUUAUCAGCUCCUUGACAAGAGAAGAACAUAUUCUGAGAUCAUCAGAAAAUUUUUGAAAUUUCUCAUUCAGAUAAAAAAUUUGUGAACAGCCUUUUCAUCUAGGAUACUUUGGAUUUCAUAAUGUGUCUUUACAACAGACCAUGUCUUUGAGAUUGCAUCUGUGUGUUAUGGGAGCUUAUAAACUGUCUAUUGUUAUGGUAAUAUUCCAAGUAAUAAGUAAGCCUGAGUAUUUAAAACAUACAAUCUUGAAUCAAAAUACUCUUACCGAAAAGCCCUUUGUGAAACAUACAAAUUACUGUCAUAUGUAAAUAAAACUCAUUCCCAAUGGGAAUCACAUUGAAUAAAUACAAAUAAAUGGAGAAAAUCUGAGGGAAAGAUAGCAUAAACCCUGCUGAACACAAUGAAUAGAAAACAACUUUGUUGUUGCCAAGUGUUAAAAUCAAAGGUCUAAAUACUGCAGUGAAGUUUCUUUUUUGUUACUGAGUUCAAUUGUCCUUUUGUUUUUUUUAACAUUAGAAGCAAAAUGAAAGGACUGAGAAAGAGACAGUUCCAUUCUAUAACUUGCAAGUUGCUUUCAAAAUUUUCAACUUGAACCCACUUUACACUCUUUUUGGAGAUUUCUGCAAAGUUAUUCUCUUAGAAGGGAGACUGGGUGCCCUGAGACUCUGUUCAUAGAAAUCUAAGAUGUCCAAAGUUCUUGAAAGUCUGCAUAAUAGCAAAGCUACACAGGUCACCCAGUGGCAAAGAUAGUCACUUUUGGCAACCAGGCUCUGGUAGAGUACAGCCCUGUUUCACAUUGAUCCCUCUCCUUGGUAUAUGUAGACCGAAUUGUUCCCUUUUAAAUAACAAUUUGAACAGUGUGGGUAAAUUUUGUAAACUGUAAGCACUCCAAUGCAUGAUUUUUUUUUCCCCCAGAUUCAGAGUCAGGAUGUUCGCUAGAAGCUGUAGAAGCAAGGUAACUAGACUUAACCCUUUAACCCUUUCACUCCCACAAGUGACCAAGACAGAAUUUCUCCUUACAAUAUCAAUACAAUAUCAAGCAGGCAGGUGAUGAGAAUAGAGAAGAAUAUCAAUUAUGGGAUUAUUUGUUGAUCCAAUACCAAAUUCUCUGAACUAACAUCAUAAGAAUUGUAUGGCAGAUAGUAAGGAGAAUUACUAAUCAGAUCUUGGGAGUGAAAGGGUUAACCCUUAAGAGUGACUAAGGUAAUGUAAAGUAAGGUCAUGAGAAUAAAGAAAAUUAUCAGCAGCUAAACAAGUUGUUGAUUGUUACGCAAAUUCUCUUUGUCAGCACCUUAGAGAAUGUAUAGAGAACAGUAUGGAGAAUACCUUUACUGAUGUUAGAGUAUAAAGGGUUAACCUAAUAAUUACUUGAACUCCCAAGAUCUCAUUUAAUUUAGUAUACUCCUUACUGUCUGCCAUACAAUUCUUUUGAUGUUAGUUUGGAGGAUUUGGCACUGGAUCACCCUAUAAUCCCCCUUAAUUGAUUUUUUUCUUUAUUCUCAUCACUUGUCUGCUUGAUAUUGUAUUGAUAUUGUUAGGAGAAAUUCUGUCUUGAUCACUUGUGUUUAAAGAGUUAAAUGUAUAAAGCUAUGCAGGGAGAGCACUUUCUAAUAACUUCAAUGCUUCUAGCUCAUUAAAAAAAAUAGGGAAAAUGAUUUGUAGGAAAUCUUGUCACAGUCAUUUCUAUACCUUGUGCAUUCAAGAAAAUUUAUCCUCCAUGUUUCUUUCUCAUGCAUUUCUUGGGUAUUAGUUUAUUUUUAUUUAUUUAAAUGUUGUUACAGUAGCUUCUAAAAGCUUGGAAAUUAAAAAUGUUUUUGCUUCUGCUUUCCUGACAAUUAAUGCUGUAUUUCAUACAUCUGUGUUACUUAUUUCAUGGGCCUUUUUUCUGUUUCAUUGUAUCAGGCUUCAAGCAUUGGAAAAGAGUUUCAUCUUAGAGAAUGGAGAAGCGUCUUCAGUUGUUAAAGAUAUAAAACUGAAAGUUGAUUCCUUCAAAGAAAAGCUUGAGGUUUGUAUUAAAUUUUCUGCUGAUUAAAAGAAUGUCACUAUCAACAGAAAAUAAAGGAAAUUUUACCUGUUAAAAUAGCCCUUUCAUACAAGAUCUGAUUACAGUUAAUUCUCCCCACUAGCUUCUACACAUUCCCUUGUAAAUUAGUUACAAGAAUUUGGUAUUGGAUCAAGAUGACAAUAUCGUCCUGAUGAGUUUAAGUAUUCUCAUAAACUGUUUGCAGGAUGAUGUGUGGAUUUUGUAAGGAGAGGUUACAUGCUGAUCCCCUCUGGGAGUUAAAUGAAUGGUUAUAAACUUAUAUUAUCUUUGUUUUUAAAUUGAGCAUAAAAAUAUGUUUUUUCUCAUCCAUGUAGAGUGUUGAACACCUUAGCUGGUUAGGCCUGUUUAAGGAAAUGUCAAGGUAAAAUUAAGUUAGAACAUAUAAAUGAUUUCUUUACUAAUACAUUUAUUUCUGAGAGAAAUACACAAGGAACUGAUAAACUGAUUGCUUUUGCUCAAUUUUAGUGGUACUUCCAAGAGACCAUCAUCUGAGAAACACAGUUUACGAAGAAGAACUUCCACUGAACUGAAUUCUGUGCUUGAGAAAUUUAAAAAAAUGUCGUAAGUGUUAAUCUUGUACUAUACAAUAAGUUGAGUUAUAAACACAUUUUGAUCAGUUCUUCUACAUGAUAUACUAGAGAGCAGAUGAAUAGAUGAUGUCACCAUGAAAAGUAUUUGCUUUUUUUCAUGAUCAGAUAGAAAAGAAAUAGUUACUUUUACAGGUGGGUCUGUUCAGUUACUGUAAUAGAUCACAGAUGACAUCAAAAUGUGGUGAAACCAAAACAGUGGCAGAAAGUGUGUCACUAAAUGUCCUUGCCACAUUUUUAUGACUGUGUAGACCCAAGGCAACAUGGAAUUCAUUUGUUAAAUAGUUAAUAUCAUAUCAAGAUUAUAACUGUAUAAAUGUACUGUGUAUGCACAUAAAUACAUGUUGGACUUUUUCCCAUUUUUUACAGGAAUGCAGAACUUACUGAUGAAACAAGAAACCUUUUAAGGAAGCCUUCUUUUGACAAUUGGUAGGAAAUUGUGAACUUUCACAGCUGCACAUAUAUCAAGCACAUUAAGUAAUUUUAAUGUAACUACAGGUUUAUAACUAAAGUACAGCAUGUAACACAUAACACAAGGCGUUACAAGAAUGUCAGACUUCUACUAGAAUAAAUUGUGGCUAUAAGACAGCUUUUUUAGAAUUAAUUUUUCCAGUGUACAUAUAAAAAUAUUGCCCUUAGUGGUUCAAGAUCAUACAUUUCUGUUUUUUUUCCUGUAGGCAAUGGGAGGAUGCAGAGAUGUUAUAUCUGCUUCAACAGAUGUACAAAGACUUAAACUUGACAGAAAUAUUUAACAUUGAGGUAAUAUUACCUAAGGUGACUUUAUUUUAAACAACAUCAAUCUCAGUAUUUACAUUUGUAAGUGUCCAGAACAGUUGUGAAUUCAAUUAAGUUUCUUUGAUGUUUUGUAUAUGUAAAGCCUCUUAGAUUGUUGAUGAAUUUUCAAAAUAGAGAAUAAGAGAGAACUUUUUUGGAGCCGAGGCAUAUUUUGUUUAUGAGAGACAGUGUUACUCAUAAAUGUUUGCUCUUUUUUUUUUCUAGAUUCCCCUCCUUCAAAACUUCUUGUUUGAAGUUUUCAGGAAUUACAAUGCUACACCUUUUCAUAACUUCCGCCAUGCUUUCUGUGUGACACAGAUGGUAAGAAAAGAUGCAGAAAUUUAAUUCUCUUUGUCUUUCACAUCUAAGGAAGUUGUGAUGUGGAGAAACACUGGGUUACAUAGUGAGGUUUAUGCAUUGCCAUUGUUGUUUCAGAUGUAUGGCUUAAUAUGGUUGACGCAAAUCCCAGGCAAGGUUCAAAAUGUUGAUGUUCUUGUGAUGCUGACAUCUGCUUUGUGUCAUGACCUGGACCACCCAGGCUAUAACAAUGCAUAUCAGGUGGGGACACUAAAACUUGGUGCGUGAAUUAUGCACCUAUCAUCUGUUUGGCCUAGGAGGAGGAGGGGAGAGUAACUCACUGGAAAUUUACUAAAAAGACCCUCUCUUGACAUUUCUGCACUGCCUCUUGGUCGGAAACUUUACCUGGCCGUCAUCUUGAAAUGAGAAAAUCUAAAGAAAGUUUAAUUUUUGUUUGUUGAAAUUGAUUUACAACAUUCUAGUCCCUGGGGUAGAAUUGUGCUAUAUGAUGGGAACCAAAUGGUGGGAAAUGUCAAAUUCCCCUGGGGUCACCACCCUCCCCUCCAUUCCCCAUCCUGGGGUAACCCAUUGAUGGCCAAUUCUGUUUAAGGGUAUUUUUUUUUUAAUUUGUAUGGCCUUUUUCAUGAUAAUAGCUGCCUAUGACAUCUGUGCAAGCCAUUUGUAAUAUAGAGAAAGGAUUUGAAAGCCCAAUACAUCUUUGCUCUUUUACAGCAACCAACAGCAUGUCUGAUGAAUUUCUUAAUUUUGUUCAGGUCAAUGCCAGAACAGAGCUGGCCAUACGAUACAACGAUAUCUCGCCAUUGGAAAACCAUCACUGCGCUGUGGCAUUUGACAUCAUAUCUCAGGUAAAGGAAUGAAUGUGGACAGGAGUUAUCUUUUGGAGAAAAUAUGAAUUUCAGAUAUCGUAUUUUCUGGCAUAGGCACUCUUCCCCAAAUAAGGCCACAACUCUUAAGUCAUAAUGUCAAACAAGUGCUCCUCUAGAAUUUGCCCCCCCCUCCCCGUUCGUUCCCAACUUUCUUAAAUAGUAGGGAAACAAGACAAACCUGUUUCUAUUACCACUCACUUAUAACUUUUUAAGCCUCGACUACAGCUGAUUCUGUACAGGAGAAUAGUUUAUUUUCCUUUAUAGGUUAUUUUCAGUUCUUUCUAUCUCUUUACAUUUUGUGCUUGCUAUUCUUCAGUGUAAUGGUGCAAUCAUCACUUUAAGUCUGGAAAUGGCUUAGGGGCCAGUUAUUAAAACAAAGUUUAGCCGUUGUUUAACAAAACCGCGUCCUAACCAAUCCUCAAUUUGGCUGAACCUUUUAUCUGAAUAUUGAUAUAUUUAGUGAACUGUGUCAAGAGGGCCGAAAGCUAACAGUAGUAGGACAUUUAUUUGAUUCAAUCAACCCUCUUAUAGAAAAAACUCGAGGCCCACCGAUUGCGUAAAACCACGGUGUGGGUUAGACCUCGUGUAAAUAACCGGCCCUUAAAAUUCGUCAUUUUAUAUUCUUUAUAGCCUCAUUGUGAUAUCUUCAAGAAUAUCGGCCAAGAUGUUUUCAAGAAAUUCCGGGAAGGAGUGAUCAAGUAAGCAUUGCCGUAGUCAAUUGAAAAACUUAUCUCCAUUUUUAUGUACAUCUUUUCUUUCUGUUCAUGAAAACCACAGCACUUGCUGACGAUUUUGUUCCAUUUGUAAUGUGUUAUCGUUUUUACAAUGCUUUGUAGAUGUAUUUUGUCAACGGAUAUGGCAAGACAUAACGAAAUCUUGAAUAAAUUCAAAGAUAUGCUGGCUGAUGGUUUUAACUUUGAAAACGAAGCUCACAAGUCCAUGGUAAGAAGACAUUUUUAAACAGUAACAUGGUUAAUCAUUAAAAAAAAUUACAAUGUCAUUGAUUGUGAUUGGUUUUGAAAAACCUCCUAUUUUCCCCUUGCCAAGUUGUUUUGGGACAAUUUGUUAUAGCACUGUUCAAAUAAGCCAAUCACAUUCAAAGUUUAGUUUAAAUCAACCGAUCACAGUCAUUUUCAUUGUGGUCAAUUCCAGAGCGACAUUAAACAAUUUACGCCUCCUUUGUUUGUCUUUUAAUGCAAAUUUUCCCUUUUUUUCAUAACUUGGUUCUUCUUCUUUUCUCGGAAAUUGUAAUUUUUAUGAUUAAUUGGCAAUAAGUCGUCGUGUCGUCCAAUUUAGUCUGUAAUCAUACUCGUGAUGAACAAAUCAGGCUCCCGCUGCGCGGUCGUCCGAUUUUGUUAUCACUCGUAUAUUACAGACCGAAUUGGACUCAACUCAGUUCUAUUACCUUUAAAUAUUGACAGCACAACAGCUACAACUAAUAUAUUCAUACCCUUAUUACGCGCGACUAAAGACGUGGUUUUAUGAACGAAGAAAACCGUUAGUAUGGAAAAGUGGAAAGGUGGCUUCUGAGAAAAAAAUUUCAAAUUAGCAAUUUUUCCUUUAUGUUGUUGCAGUCAAUGUAUUGAUUCUGUUAUGAAGCGUUUAGUUAUUUUAUAAUCAGUUGGUCUGUUGGUUGUAGUCAGUUCAGUAUGAUUUGAUUUAUGGUUUAGAAAGUGUCCAAAUUCCGAAGUUAUUUAGGUUUGAGCUGUCGUGACGAGUUUCCGAAUUGUGACAGCCUUUUCUAACUGCAUCAAGUGGACGUGCUUAGUUUGUUUCCUGACCUUGCUUUGGACCCACGCAAAAGUUCUUGUUUUGACUAACGCAGUCAGAGGUUGACUCAGUUGAUCGGAAGCAUUACGCUCAAGUACUUUGUUGUUCAGAUCGAAAGUCUCUUGAAAUUGUUUGGUUUAGCGUUCUAACAACGGAUGUUUGAUCUCCAAAGGUUAGCCAGCUGGCAUGCCCACCCAUAUCAGUCAUUAGUGAAUAUAUAAGCAUGUUCCUUAGAGUUUACGUAGCAGAGAGUGGGGAGAAGAGAGAAAGAGAAUAGAAGAAAGAGAGGAAUAGAAGAAUGUAGAGAGUGUGCUGUAGAAUAGAGUCAGAAUUCCGCAAUUAAAGAAGUAUCCUGUGAGAAUCAGAGUGUGAGAGCCUAAGAGAUUCACCAGAGUUACUCAGAAUGAAAUAAGCUUAGAUGUAAGUGGAAUUGUGUACUGAAAAUCGGAGUAGUAAAAGAAAGCAGAAAAAGACAGCUCGAGAGUCUUGGUGCCUUUCGCCGGGCGCCUUGACUAAUUUAUUUUCUAUGUUUAUUGCAGUUAAUGCAGAUUAUGAUCAAGGUAUCAGACGUCUCUAAUGAGGCUCGACCAAUGGAGGUUGCUGAGCCAUGGCUGGAUUGCCUCUUACAAGAGUUUUUUAUUCAGGUUGGUUUAAUAAAAAUGUAAGAAAGACGGUACUUCUUGUUUUUUAAUAUAAAUGGUUCCGGCGGCAAAAAGGUUUUUAACUGAAGUGCGUAUCAGAAAGAAAGAGCGGGAAAACGUGCCAAAAUAUUGGCACAACACCAUCAAAAGGGCGGGAAAAUUAACAGCGUGCAGACAGCGCUGAAAAACAUGAAUUGGUUAUAAAGUGCGCGAAAACUUGUAGCUGGAAAACGCUGAGAUACUGCGAUGAAACCGCAGGAGAACGUGUAACCUGAAAAAGCGUAGGUGAAAACAAAGAAUAGAGCUCGUUAGAUAGCGCGAGGGAAGGAGGGGGAAUACAUUUCACCAUGAACCAGUUAAAAGCGUGGGGAAAUUUGUAACGUAAGGACAGCCUGGGAAAAAUUUGAACUUUGUGCCUGUUAAAAGCUCGGGAAUACGUAUCGCCAGUUAGCGUGUAAAGAGCAGAGAUCUUAAUGAGCACUUUGGAUGUGGAAGGUUACGGCUACCCAAACAAUUUCUUUUUUUUUUUUUCCUUUGUUAGAGUGAUGUUGAAAAGCUUGAGGGAUUGCCAGUGGCACCAUUCAUGGACAGAGACAAGGUUAUCUUUCUUGAAGUAGUUGAAGUGCAUUUUCAUAAAAAUGAUCUGUAUUGGACAAGGUUUCCCUCUAUAAUACGCCGCACCAGAUUGCAAACCAGCUCGCAAUAUUGUCGCACUAAGAGGUGCGGUGUAUGUAUUAGUUGCCUUUCGGGAACCCGAAAACUUUCAUUUGCUUUGCUACAUUCACGUUACCAGUUUUGUUUGGACUGUUGCAGGUCACUAAACCGUCCGCUCAGAUAGGCUUUAUCCGAUUUGUUCUGAUACCAUUGUUUGAGGCUCUUGGACAACUCUUUCCUGUUUUAGAGGUAACAUAUUUUUUUGUUUUUCUUUUCCAUGGACUUUACCUUACAGAGAUUAAUAACCGGUUUCACUUACUGAGGAAGUGAAACAAAUAUAUCCUGUCGCUUCUAAAGCGUGGGAAAGCUAAAGCGCGGGAAAGCUAAAACGCGUUGUACAUGGUAGGCUCCUCUGAGCACGGGAAAAUUUUCAGUCGUGAAUGGAUAGUGAUCGAAUUUGAUUGGCCAGAAGCAUAUCAUUUAUUUACCACUGAUUAACGCAAGGUGGUUACUGGUUAAGCAACUGGUCUGCCUCUUGCUGAUCUGCUUCCUUUGAAAGCAAUUUGUUUAUAUACAAUUUUUGUGUCCAAUUUGUUCGUUUUAGCCGUGAAAAGCCUCAUUGGGGGAGUGGUCAGCUGAGUAUACUUGCAUACAAGGCUUAGAAUCGAAAAUGUGGUCUGAAAUUAAGAGCAAAGAUCAUUAUUCGUAUUCUUAAAGGAAGGCGUUUGGUUUUUUUCAGGAGCCGCUAAUCGCGCCGGUUCGCAAGGCUCUUAAUUACUACACCCACAUGGGCAAGACAAUGGAGGAGGAACUCAAGAAACAGGAGAAGAAACACUCCAGGGAGGAAAAUCAGGAAAAAAUAGAAACGAUACCGCAAAAAGUUGACAAAGAGACGGCUGAGGAUAAACAGGAGUCUAUGGAAACAAAGGAAGAAAAACUCUUGCUUAAAGAACAACAAAAAGACAAUAAUGUAGAAUCCCAAGAAAACCUCAAGCAACAAUAGGUACCAUAAAGUAUCUUGGGUAAAGGAGCCUGCGUCCGUUGUUAUCAGCGUCGUAGCUUAGCAACGAGUCAAGGGCGGGUUUCGUAAAAGCUUUAUUUGGAUGGAAAUAUUGGCGGGGCUGAAGACUGUCGAAUGGUAUAUGUGCAAAUAUUAGUUCAAACUUUUAUGUAGGUUAUAAAGUUUGAGCACUUUUUAUUGCUCGACGAAAGAGUUAAUAUAGUAGAACUUUAUUUUGGAGGUAGAAUUUUACACCUAAAAGAAUUUCUUAGCUUACGAUAGUCGGCCGCAUAUGAUAAACCAUCCAAUGUCACUUUCAAAUUCUCUUUUCUGAUUGCUCGAUUAUGCGCGGAAUACACUUCGUUGUUAUCCUUGGUGGUUAGGCUUGUCCCGAUUGUGCUUGUAAAAUGCUGGAAAGUUGGUCGCUGGAAUGCCUUAAAGUUGCUUUAAAAUUGUCAAAAAUCCAAAAGUUGCUGCCCAAAUUUCAAAGUUGCUGCGUGAAUUUGUUGAUAUUUUUAUGUAAACAUUAAUUAAUGGUUUUCUUUUUUUUUUUCGCAAUAAUUGCCAACAUCAGUCAAGCAAAAUAGUAUGAAACUUAGGUCGUAAAUACGGGCGAAAUUUCAGGAUAUUCAUCAGGCUAACGGAACAAACACGUGAUUCAUAUGGCGUCUUACCAAACGAAACGUUCUCAAGUGACAGGUUAUUUGUUCCAAAGGUUAAUAAAAGUUCAAAAAAAUUUGCAGACAUUGAAAUUUCUAUGAAGUCGUCGACGUUUUUCGUGCUUGAUAUGUUAUUCUAAACCUACAUUCCGCCUAAAAAUUGGUCAGAAAUACAAGAAUUUCUCAGAGUUACUAGAAUCGCAAAGAGUGGUUCCAAACGCUAAGAGUUGCUCAUAAUUUACCGAGCACAAUCGGGACUGGCCAUUAGAUGGUCAUCACGUGACUUGCAUUUACCGCUGAGCCGGCGUCUUUUUUUGAGGUAUUCAUACGGUGUAUAUUUACCACAUAUUUAUUAAGGAACCAAUUUCGAUGGUAUUUUCAUACCCAAGCGUUCGUUACAACAUUGAAAGCAGCAAAUUCGUACAGAAUCAUUUACGAAUUCUUAGUUCUAUACAUGUAUGCGUAGCAGUCUACAUCUUAAAAUUUACUUGUCCAAGUUGUUCUCAGAAAGAAAAUUUUGCAGUUGAUAAGUGGCUGAAUUAGGAGCGCAAAAACACCACUGAAUGUCAGGAGAAAAUCACGUCUAACUUACGGACAAGUGCUUUUAGCGUUAGAGAAGAUUAAAAUGCUCUCUAACACAAAGAAACCAUUAGUAUUAACGCGUAUGACUUUAGUUCGUUGGAAAAGUCUAGAUAAUUAUUUGGCUUUGCGUUUUGUUGCUAACAAUUUUUCUUUCCGCGUCCAUUGAUAUCAAGGCAGUCCAAGGUUUUUCAUUUUCGCUAACUUCAGGGAGGGAAGGAAGGAGGGGUGCUGGGAAGGAAGGAGGGGUGCUGCGGGUGGAAGGCACUUUCAUGCCCGUGCGCAAUCCUCUUACAUGAGAAAUUACUUAGAAAAUAACCUCUGUAUUACGACUUUGCCUAUUAUGUAAGGGGUUUAUUUUUGGUGCUAUUAAACUCAAGACACAAGU